UGUCUGUAACUGCCGUUAGUAUGGCACCAAAGUUCAACAACACACCAGAACACGUAACGGUUGUGGAAGGAGGCAGGAUCAUCUUGCCCUGCUCUGUUGAAUUUCUAGGUGAACAGUCUGUUAUAUGGGUGAAUCCAAGGAAGACGCUGAUUAGUCAUGCAGAUCGUAGAAUGAUCGACGACCACCGAAUCAGCGUAGAACGACCUUAUAUCAAGAUCUGGAACCUGCUUAUCCGUGAUGUCCGUUACAAUGAUAGUGGGACCUACGAGUGCCGGGUCAAUACAUCGCCUAUUCAAAUCAAAAAGGUCACACUAGAAGUUCAAGUUCCGCCGACGAUAUUGAGUCAGUUGUCGUCUGAUAAAAUCGUGCUCGAAGAAGGACAAUCGGCGACACUUAUCUGCAACGUCACAGGCAUUCCACAACCAAACGUGACUUGGUACAGGAGAAACUAUAGGUCGCCUGGAUCCAGUAAAGAGAGAAUUGGUUUGGAGGGUGAGGUGCUGAUCAUACACAAUGUGACCCGACACUGUGAUGAUAUAUAUGAGUGCUUCGUGGACAAUGGCGUGCCCCCUGCUGUCAGCAAAGCUAUCAGAGUUGUUGUUGACUAUCGACCGGAAGUUGUACUGGCUAACCCCAAAAGCAUUGGACAGCAACUGGGCAAGGAAACCAUUUUGGAUUGCCAGAUUUUUGCGCAUCCUCAGGCUGUGACAAACUGGGAGAAAAAUGGGAAACCACUUGUGAAAAAUGAUAAAUAUGACAUAGACGUCUUUAAAAAUGAUAAUGAAAAUUCUGUGACCUUGGCACUGAGAAUACGUGAUCUGGCACCUGCUGAUUAUGGUGGCUACGAGUGUGUGGGCUCCAACUUCCUUGGUGAAGACAGAGAGACAAUGAUUCUUUAUGAAAUUAAACCUCCAUCCACAACAACAGAAAGUACUACAACUACGACUACCAUGAACAUCAUGGACUUGGCAAACACAAAUGUACUAAUAGAUGAUCGUCGCCCUAAAAAUCAGAAGCACGACAAAAACAAUCUUCCAUUUAACCAAGAUGGACAAUCGGAACAUCUGGGACGAAAUACUGGUGAUAGAGUUAGAGGUAUGGAAGAUUUUGUUAGAGGAGUCGACAAUAAAAU